AUGGGAGUGGAAAAAAUGGAACUGGAGGCCGAUACGUUAACAGGAAAGAAAAAGCCACCUCCAAAAUCCAAAUAUGAAAGAGUGUUCCAGCCGUGUUUGGCAGAGCUGAUUGGAACUAUGUUUUUUGUUUUCGUGGGCUGUGUGUCUGUGAUUGAGAACGCUCCGGAGGCUGGGAGACUACAGCCCGCUUUGGUGCAUGGGCUGGCAGUAGCAGUUUUGGUAGCAGUGAUGGAUAAUAUCAGUGGGUCCCAUUUCAACCCCCCGUUCACCAUUGCCAUCUACCUGUGCGGGGGCCUGGAGCUCAUGAUGGUGGGGCCCUACCUGGUGAGCCAGCUGAUCGGAGGGGUGCUCGGCGCAGGGAUGGCAAAGGUGAUGACUCCAGCUGAUCACUAUACCAAUGCCACAGGAGCAGCCUUCGCCAUCCUGACCUCAGACAGUCAGCUGUCCGGAGCCCUGUUUGGGGAGGUGGCCAUGACCUGUCUGAUCACUAUGGUGGUUCUAAUGGUGGCAGUGAAUCGGAAAACACAAACUCCUCUGGCCCCGUUCCUGGUGGGCUGCACUGUCAUCAUCAACGUGCUGGCGGGGGGUGAUAUUUCAGGAACCUGUCUGAACCCAGCCAGAGCUUUCGGACCGGCCGUCAUUGCCAACUACUGGGAAUACCAUUGGGUGUACUGGCCUUACCAAAGCCUGAACUCACAACCAAAGCCGGAACUCACAACCAAAGCCGGAACUCACAACCAAAACAGAGACACCAUGGUUGAGUGGAGCGAGUCUGAGCGAAGCAUCAUCAGCGGGAUCUUCUCCACGCUGGACUACAACGAUGUCGGCCCAAAGGCUCUGUGCAGGUGUCUGAUCGUGUAUCCUUGGACCCUGCGGUAUUUUGGCACCUUUGGUAACCUCUACAACGCUGAGGCCAUCAAGAGCAAUCCAAAUGUGGCAGCCCAUGGUGUGAAGGUGCUGCACGGACUGGACCGUGCCGUCAAGAACAUGGACAACAUCAAGGCCACCUACGCUGAGCUGAGCGUGCUGCACUCUGAGAAGCUGCACGUGGAUCCAGACAACUUCAAGCUGCUGGCCGACUGUUUGACCAUCACAGUGGCUGCAAAGUUGGGCUCCGCCUUCACGCCACAGGUCCAGGCCACGUGGACGAAGUUCCUGGCCGUUGUUGUGUCCGCUCUGGGAAGACAGUACCACUAA